CGUUCGGGCAUUGUAGUGAUUUGGUGCUUGAUGUCUAGACCCAGCACAACCUUAGAUUUCAUAACCUACGCCACGCGCAUCGAGUUGUAAGCGAAGACCAGGUGUCCAAGUCCUUGCACUUGUACUGAGACCGAUAGGGAAUUAUAGGGCGAGGUACGGUGGCCAUGGCCUCUGCGGAGCAGCCUCUAAAGAAGCGGAAGCUGUACGAAACACAAUCCGAACAAAGUUCUGACCCUCCAACAACCCUAGCACAGACUCUGAAAGACGUUGUUCCACCGCUGUCCCAGGAGGAAAUUCUGAAGAAGCGGAGGAACAAGGAGGAGAUUCGAAAUGUGUACGAGUGCUACAAACGGAUUAGGUUUUGCCUUUCGCAGAAGGAAUCUCAUGUUCUCGGUCAUGACAUUGAACAAGCUUAUCUCUCUCUCAUUUCUGCUUCUAGAGGUUGUACAAGUGCGCAACGUAUUGUAGCUGAUCUUAUACCUCGAUAUGCAUCAUACUGUCCAACUGCCCUUGAAGCUGCUGCUAAAGUUAUUGUCAAUAUGUAUAGUUGGAGCUUGGCAAGGAUAAGUAGAGGAGAGGACAAUGAUGGUGUUGCAUCUCAGAUAACUAGAUCGUGUAUUCUUGGUCUCUCUGAUAUUUGUUGCAUAGCUUGUUCAGAAGCACCGACGUCGUCUGUCAUCCAGGGCAUUUGCUCUGCUGUUUUGCAAAAUGUGCUCAUCUUCUUCAUAUCCUCCUUUGAGGGAAAGGAUAUAUUUCAGCUUUUUGGAAAAGAAAUAAUAGAAGUAAAAGAUUCUACUGAGAAUUUUAAUGAGCUUAAGCACAAAAAUUCAAAUGAGAAUGAAUCUUCACUGGUAGCACUAUUUAAGUUACGCGUUCUUAGUCUAUUUAGGAUCUUCUUUCGUUAUCCAAAAAAUUUGCUUGCUGCUUGUUUUGAUUUGUUUAGUUCUACUGGAUCAGAAGGAGUUCAAAACGGACUCUAUUUCUUGAAUCAGCUGACGAGCAAGCUUGAUCUUAGUGGGGCCUAUCAACUGGAGAAAAAUAGUAAUGAACAUAAGCCAAGUAAAUAUUCAAUUGAAACAAGCUCCAGAGGCGAUGAUGUUAUUUCCAAGGAUCUUGUGUCAGAUGGCAAAAAUGUUUCUCCAAAUGCAUCACUACUUUCAGACAGCUGCUUCUUGGCACUGGUACUUGUUGAAGAUUCAUCCCUCCGAAGAUGCCUGCUCUCAAAGUAUAAGAAGCUAUGUAAAAUGUCAUCUUCCGAAACCUUAUCAGAUAUUAAAUAUCUCAUGGAAGGUAUCAUUGAAUCAUUUGUUAAAAGAGCAGUUACAGAUGACAAUCAAGCAGAUAGUGAUGUUGAUGAUUCUGAUUCAUCUAAAUCCAUCAACCGAUCAUACAUGGUGCCUAGUAUCUCUAAUCAACAUGAAAAUUUUGGUGAACUAUCAGGACUAAAAAGGAAUACAAGAAUUUGUGGUGGAUCCCGUGAUGAACAUGUUACUGAAAAAGUAUCAGGCCAAUUUUUGAAUCCUCGAGGUGAACCAGCUGUCCAUUUGAAAUCUAGUAAUCAAGAUAGUGGUGGCAUAAGACCCAUGGACUUUGGGAACGGAGAGCAUGGAGACAUCAUGCACACUCGGUCUUCUAUACCCAGGGACUUAAUGAACCACCAGAUGCUUUCACCUAUCACAAGAACCCCACAUGACUUUAGGACUAAUUCAUUUGAUUCUAGAAACCAAGUUGUCAACAAUGAUAGGAGUCAAACAACAAAACUGGAUUUUUGGUCACCUACCUUGGGGACUUCUAGUGGAGGUGUAAGUAAUUCGUUUUCAUCUCCUAAUCAUCACAUGUCAGGACUUUACUUUUCCUCUGCUACUCCAAUUGUUUGGUUUUCUGAUGGAGAUCUUGCAGCCAUGGAUGUUUUCUCUGCUUCGAAACAGCUAUGGGUGGGUCUUUUAGGAUCUGACUCUUCUGGAGCUCAUGUAAGAUUUGAGUUGGAGAGGUUUGGCCCCAUCGAACAAUAUUUUUCAUUCCCAGUGAGAGGUUUUUGUGUGGUUGAGUAUAGGAACAUUUUUGACUCCAUAAAGGCUCGGGAUUAUAUGCGUAGACAUUUCCACUGGCAUAUAAAGUUUAUGGAUACUGGGUUGGGUACUAGGGGUGUCAUAAAUGGUGUUGCUGUUGGCUCUAGUUGUCAUGUUUACGUUGGAAAUGUUUCUAGCCAGUGGUCGAAGGAUGAGAUCCUGCAUGAGUCAAGAAAAGUACUUUACAAAGGUCCUAUGGUCACUGAUCUUAAGAAUGAAGGUGCAUUGCUGAUGGAACUUGAAACACCUGAGGAAGCUACUACUGUAAUGACGCAUCUCCGGCAGCAUCGAAAGGAAAGAAGUAACCAGCAGCAACCUUUAAACAGAGGACAACCUAAUGUCACAUCGUCUCAUUUGGAUGGUGCAAUAUCUGUGUCUACGUCUACACAUGUUGAUGUCAAGAACAGCAAUUCUGGAAACAUGUAUAACUAUAAUACAAAUUCAUCACAUGCAAAAGUUGUGCUGGAGAGCCCUGCUGAUAGCUGUAGGGGAAGGACAUCUAAUUUAACUUCCUUGAUGUUGUCAUUACGGUCGAAAUAUAAUGUCAAUCAAAAUUCAAGCCACUUUGACAACCAUGCCUCUGGAAGUUCUCAUGCUACUAUGCAAGAAGAAGACAGGGUACAAUCAAGCACCCUUUGGAUCAAUGUUCCAAAUAUAACUUCUCCAUUCCUUACGGAUGAUGAGAUAAUGGAGCUUUGUAAUAGUGCAAUUACCAAUACAGGAUCUAUAAUAAGGCUAAUGCAGACAAAUUUGCCUAGUGGAUGUGGUUGGUAUGUAGAAUGCAGCAGUGUAGAUGCUGCAGUCACUGUUCUGAAGAAUCUGCGUGGUUGUCCUGGAAUAUUUUUUCAGAUAGAAUUCAGCGAACAGAGAAUGCACCUUCCAACUUCACUUUCAGUAAGACCCGAGGGCCACUCUAUGGAGCUUACAUCCCCCAGAGUAAAAUCUGAGAAUCAUGGGACAGUAUCACAAGGUGGACAUGCAUUUAUAUCUAACAGAGGUAUUUCCGGCUGUAAUGAGAUGCCUGAAGUUGAUGGCAGUGACAUAAACAUGGUAUUGGAUUCAUUACAAGGAGGUAGUCAUGUUGUUUCUGGUGCCUUGGAGCAAAGGUGGAUGUACCCAAAGCCUGACAUCGAGCUGCUUCCUGCAGCAGGGAGUGGUCCAUGUGUUCAUGUAGCAACACAAGGACCACCUGUCCCACCUCCACAAAUUCAUUCAUCUCCAUAUAUGCGGCCUGCUUACCAUCCUCCAAAUAGUGCUUGGGAUUCACGGGGUUUGCAUCAUAAUUUUCCCAUGAACCCGAUUUCACCAGUUGUGGUACCGAGUUGUAGUCAUGGUAAUGCUGUUACGGCUCCUUUUCUACCGGCUUCUGUGACUCCACUGGCUCAAAUACAGGGAAAUCUAGUGCAGCACUUUGAUCAAAUGUACUCGUUGCCCCUGGUGCCACCACCACCCAUAGCAUCCUUGCCACCACCUCCACCAGAGGUGCCACCUCCUUUGCCUCCAUCUCCACCACCUCCACCACCCACUUCUCCACCUCCACCUCCACCUGUUGUGGAAUCAUCACAGGCAGAAAGUCCUGGACAAGGUCCACAGUACCAAUGGCAGGGAACAUUAUGUAAGAGUGGGGUUCAUUAUUGCACGAUUUAUGCACUGAGAGUCAAUUCGGAAGUUUGUAGAUAUUCCAAUGCCUUGUCCGAACCUGCAGAAUGGCCAGUGAAAUUAGAUAUGACAAAACGCACAGACUUUCGGCAUGUGAAGUCUACAUUUACUAGUAGCCCUCCACAUAAAAGGGAAGUUUGUAUGCUUGUUCCAUCUUCUUCCAGCGACCGUAAAGGCUUUCAGGAUUUCGUAACAUACUUGAAGCAGAGAGAAUGCGCUGGGGUGAUUAAAAUUCCGGGUUCAAAAACAAUUUGGGCAAGACUUCUCUUCAUUCUUCCAUACUCACAAGACGUGUGCUCCAUGCUCUCUGUUGCACCUAGUACACCUGAUUGUCUUGUAGCUUUGCUGCUGCCUAAAGAAACAAAUUUUGAGUGGGUUUGAUACUUUGAUAAGCCUUAUUUUACAGUCGCUGGAGUGUUUAGGUCUUAAAAUUGCUUGGUAUACUCCAGCGAAUGUCAAUUUUGACUUUAUUUAUAGAAAGGUUUCACUAAGGUAUAAUGUGUCGCUAGCAGAGUUUUGCAGUAUACAAAAAAUGGAUGAAUCUCAAUGGCAGGAUACUGAUAUGUUUCACUAAAGUACGAACUUGUUUUGUGUGUCA